AUGGCGUACAACGAUGAUGCUGUCCUGGCGCGGUUGUCAGCGCUCAAUGAGAGCCACGACAGUAUCGCGACUGCGGCUCAAUGGAUCAUGUUCCAUCGGCGUCACGCCGACCGCACGGUACAGCUCUGGAUGCAGCGUUUGAAGGACUCGUCGUCCACAAAACGGCUCAUGCUCAUAUAUCUUGCGAAUGAGGUUGCUCAACAGUCGCGCAUCCGCCACAAAGAGGACUUCAUUAUCGCAUUCUCCCCGGCCAUUGCGGAGGCUGUGUCAGUCGCUUACAAAGGAGCUCCGACAGAGAUUCAGUCGAAAAUCCGUCGUGUGGUAGAUGUCUGGAGGGAUCGAAACAUUUUUGAAUCUUCAAUUCAGAAGGCCAUGGACUCACGCCUCGAAGAGCUCGACAAGGCUAGAGGGGGUUCGAAAAUUGGGUUCGGUGGUAGUCCUUUCGGGUCUGCUGCCGCCAACAUCCCCUCAGAGUUCACGCCUCUCAUCUCUGCACAUCAAUCCGUUUCAAAGCUCUCUACUCCGCUGAAGAGCACGAUCGCCUCGGCUGAUCAGGAAUACGAGAAGCAGACUGACACAUCAACACCGGCACCCUCUGCACCAGUCUAUGCGGCUCGUCUGAACGGUCUCUUGAGGACUUUGGCCAACGCUGAGAACGCUGUGGCCGACUGCGUCAAAGCGAGAGAGAGCUUAGUAUCCGGACUGGAGAAGCUCUUGGAGUCUCACCGCGCGGCACUAGAGAGCGACCGCCAGUGCGCUGAUAAGUUCGGCAAGCGAAAACGCGAGACUGAAGAGAAGAAGCGGCAGGUCGAGUUCGGCAUUAUGCAGGCUCUGGGAUCAGUUGAUCAGAACGGCGCGGGCGCAGAGGACUCUGGGCACCACAAGCAGGACGAGGAGAGGCCCCAGAUGGAGGCGUUGACACCAGAAAUGGAGGCGUUCACUCCUCCUUCGGGCGACGUUCCGCCAAUGGAAGCGCUUCCCCCAACAACAACUGAAGAACAGUUUGUGGGCAGCUCCGGAGCAGAGGUGCUCUCCAACGCAGCAUCCUCGUACCAGACCCUCCCCAUCUCCACCAAUGGCUCGAAUAAGAGGCGCCGCGUGGACGAAGGCGAAGAUAUACCAGAUGUUGGAGGAGACGAUGCCAUUGAUGCGGAUGUUGCGGCCAUGCUGCAAGAAGGAUCUCAAGCAAUAUCCUGCUCUCCAAUCGUCUCGCCUGCGCUGUCAAGACCGGAAAUCUCCACGCGGUCGAUCUAUUCGUCAUCGACUCCUUCACGCAGCUUCACAGUGGGCAUUUUCACCCCACGAACGAGAUACACGUCGGGCUCCGUGAUAUGGCGCGUCAGCGCAGCUUCUCGCGCGUUCUCGAAUGCUCCGCGGAGGAAGCAAGAGCUUCAGCGCAAGGUAGAGGAGCAGUCCCAACGAAAAGCUGAAGAGGAGGCGGAGGAGGAGUUCGAUUUCCAGAAGAGCGAGAAGGCGAGCAAGGCGGCGCAGGUCAAUCUGCGCGCGAAGCUGUCAAGAGAAGGCAAGGGGCAAAGCAAAGCAGGACUCGGCGAGAUCUGGCGCCUGAUCAAGGUUGCCAAGCCAGAGAUUCGAUGGUUGGGAAUCGCCUUUGUUUUCCUGGUCAUCUCGUCCAGCGUGACCAUGUCUAUCCCUUUCUCUGUCGGCCGCAUCCUGGACAUUUCUACGAAGGGCGACGUGGAGGACAUCCGACUCUUCGGGUUGACCCUGAAUCAGUUCUUUUUUGGUCUCGGCUCGAUCUUGACUUUGGGCGCCAUGGCUAACUACGGGCGUGUCGUGCUGCUGCGCAUCGUGGGCGAGCGCGUCGUUGCGAGGCUUCGCUCCCAGCUCUACAGAAGGACCUACGUGCAAGAUGCCGAGUUCUUCGACGCCAACCGUGUCGGAGACCUCAUUUCGCGACUGAGCUCCGACACCGUAAUUGUGGGCAAGUCCGUUACGCAGAACCUCAGUGACGGUCUGCGCGCCCUAUUCAGCGGCGGCGCCGGCUUCGCCAUCAUGGUCUGGACGAGCCCGAAGCUGACGGGUCUUCUGCUGCUCAUGUUCCCGCCUGUUGCGAUUGGUGCAUUCUUCUAUGGAAGGGCCAUCCGAAACAUCAGCCGCUCUAUCCAGAAGAACUUGGGUACGCUCACUAAGAUUGCCGAGGAGCGACUGGGUAACGUCAAGACGAGCCAGGCUUUUGUGGGAGAACGACAAGAGAUCGGUCGCUACAACCACCAGAUUCGCAAAAUCUUUGCGCUCGGUCGCCGCGAGUCCCUCGUCGCGGCCACCUUCUUCGCUACCACUGGUUGGGCGGGCAACAUGACUAUUCUAGCUAUGCUGGUGGUUGGAGGUAGCUUCGUCCGGACUGGCAGUAUGUCUCUCGGUGAUCUAACCUCCUUCAUGAUGUACACGGCCUUUGCGGGAUCAAGUUUGUUUGGGCUGUCCGGCUUCUACUCCGAGUUGAUGAAGGGUGUGGGUGCCGCCAGCCGCCUGUUCGAACUGCAAGACCGGAGACCAGGGAUCCCUCAGACCAUAGGCAUGCCUGUCAAGUCUGCGCAAGGGCCGAUCAAAUUCUCGAACGUUUCCUUUGCAUACCCAACGCGCCCUGCCGUUAAUAUCUUCAAUGGCCUGGACUUUGAGAUCCCCUCGGGCAGCAAUGUUUGCGUGGUCGGCCCCUCAGGCGGUGGCAAGUCGACCGUCGCGUCGCUGCUCUUGCGGUUCUACAACCCGACAUCUGGUACGAUUACUAUCAACGGCAGGGACAUUUCAACCAUGAAUGUCAAGUCACUUCGAAGGAGGAUCGGAAUGGUCUCGCAAGAGCCCGUGCUCUUUUCGGGCACGAUUGCCGAGAACAUCGGCUACGGUAAGCCCGAAGCGAGCCGCUCGGAGAUCGUAGCGGCCGCGCGGAGGGCAAACUGCAACUUUAUCAGUGAUCUUCCCGAUGGUCUGGAGACUCAAGUCGGUGCCAGGGGCUCCCAGCUGUCUGGUGGACAGAAGCAGCGCAUUGCUAUUGCGCGCGCCCUGUUGAAGGAUCCGGAUAUCCUGAUCCUUGACGAGGCCACAUCGGCACUUGAUGCUGAAUCGGAGACACUCGUCAACGAAGCCCUCGCUCGCCUGCUCCGCGGGCACAACACCACCAUCUCCAUCGCGCAUCGUCUCUCCACCAUCAAGAGAUCUGACCAGAUCAUCGUCCUGAACAGCGAGGGCACUGUCGCCGAGAUUGGCAACUACUCCCACCUCGCCGCCGAUCCCAAGAGCGCCUUUAGCAAGUUGAUGGAGUGGCAGAUGAGCGGAGGCGACAUUCCCGAGCCGAGAAACAACGACGCAAAAUCGCAUAUCACUGAGGCCGAGGAGAUGGAGAUCGAGGAAGAGGCACAAGAAGCGCUUGAAGAAGAGAAUACUUCCGAGAAGGAAGGAGUUAAAGAGGAGACUCGGCGAUGA